CCCGCUCAGUUGCGUUUCUGCUCGCGCACGCGGGCAGGCACAGAGACACCAAGGACGUUCUCCCCGCUUGUGGCUUGAUCUAAUCAGACAUAUUAGGUUAUUUUAAAUUUAUUAUUAUUUUUUUUACGGAGCACCUGAAGUCGCGCGUCUCUUCUGCCGAAAUGAGGCUGCUGUGGGAACAUAACAGAUUAAAGUCGGUUUUUCUGGCCAUUUUGUUUAGUUUUACAUUUCAAGGUGCCCACUUUAACCUGGUGGUUUCUCCAUCUGGCACCUCUGUUGUGAAUGCAUUGGCUGGCAGCAAUGUGACUCUGGGUGUGACUAUCAGUGGUGCUACUGAUCCAGCGGUUGCCUGGUUCAAGGGAAAAUUAUCAGUUGGCACAUGGACUAUAAACAGCAUCUUUCCUCCAGACAUAGCCACCAGCUACAAGGAUGUGCUCAGGAUUGAGAAAGAUGGAUCCCUUACCUUUAUAAAUGUGCCACUUUACUUUACUAGUGACUAUACUGUUGAAAUGACAAAGUCUGGAUUAGAGAAAGCCUCAACUACUUUCACUCUGAAAAUAUUUGAAAUCAUCCAGAAUCUGACUCUGAGCACUCAACCGGAUUUAGUCAAAGAAGGAUCCAACCAAUUCAGCUUAAACUACAGCAUGCUGCAAGGAGUGGUCGAGCAGCAGAUUUGGUAUUUUAAUGAUAUAGAAUUAAAAAACAGUUUGCAUUAUUUGAUGGAAGAAAAGGGCCUUGUGAUUCUCAAACCAAAAAGAAGUGACACAGGACGGUAUGCAGUCUCACUGAGGAACCCUUUCAGCAGAGUGACGGCUCAUAUUGACGUGACUGUGCUCUAUGGACCAGAUGAGCCCAUUGUUGAGGCGCAUCCACCUCAACCUUUCUAUGUGGUAAAAGACUCCCUGAGCCUCUCUUGCCAGGCUGCGGGAGCUCCACAGCCCACUUCUAAAUGGGUUUAUGGUGGGGAAGUCCUUUCAGAUACCCUUGAAGGAACCCUAAAUCUAACAGAUCUAAAGAUCAGUCAAGGAGGUGUAUAUACAUGCACUCUGCUCAACGCAGUGACUAAAGAAAAACGUGAAAAGAGUGUGACUAUAAAUGUUUAUGAGCGGCCAUUAGGCAGCCCGGUGUGCUCUGUGCUGUCAGUAAAUAAUGCUGACUUGAAGUAUCAGUGUGGGUGGAUAGGAGGAACACCGCAUGCCCAGCUGUCGUUCCCAGCACUAAAAAACACCAGCAGUGGAGCAGAAAACUUCAGCCUGACUGUCCCUGCUUCUAAUGACCUAAACAAGAAAACUUUCAUCUGCAUUGCAGACCACCCAGUCGAACAGAAUAAGUGCAAUGUAACUGCAAGUAGUCCAUUAAAGUUCCUUCCAGCUAUGAGAACCACAGUGGAUACUAAUGGCAAAAUAGUGGUCACUAUCCAGUGUAUCAGUGACGUCUCCCCGCAGGCUGUUGUGUCAUGGUCCAGAGGCAGUGAAACUGUCACCAAUGGGACAACAUACCAGAUCAGCAAUGACACCACCCAGCUGAAGAUUAGUGGUUACAAUAUCAGCAACUUUACCCUUCAAAACUACUCCUGCACAUGUCGCAACCUGCUGGGAAGCCAGAGAAGAGAAAUUCAACUACAAGGGCCAUCAAUCUCAGAUUCCAGUUUGUUCCCUAAUCAAGAUGGAACCAUCAUCACUCUGACCUGGGAGGUCCCACCUAUGUCUGUUGUUACAGGGUUCGACAUCCAAAUGACAGGACCAGAUCUCCUGAGUACAAAUGGUCGUACCAUCCACAUAAAAGGCAGCCCAAAUGUAUACCGCACCAUUCAGCAGAAACCUGGUUCUGCCAGGAGCGCAGACAUCUUCCGACUUGAUCCCAACUUGACUUACCGGUUUCGGAUCAUCCCCAAAGCUCGUAUGACUGAAGGAGAGCCAUCUGUGGUUCAUAGAAUUGGUUCAGGUGAUGGACUGAGUGGACCUGCCAUUGCUGGUAUUGCAGCUGGAAUUCCAUGCGUUCUCUUCCUGCUGCUCCUGCUGGGUGGCCUCAUCUACCUCACUGCACACUGCAAAAAGAACAAAAGUCAUCAGACAAGAUAUCCAGUCCCCAGAACUAUUGAGAAGGCAAGAACAUCCCAGCCAGAUAUCACUCCACGUAACCUGCUUCCAGCAGGCUUGAAGUCUCUUCCUGACUACAGAUUGCAGCAGGCUUCCUCUGAAAAGUCUGUUACUCCACCCACAUUUGUACCACCACCACCUGUUAGAGUUGCAACAACAGUCUAAAGUCAACAUUUUAGUUUAAUGUUGUAUAUAUUUUGUAUACCAGCUAUAUAUAUAUAUAUAUAUAUAUAUAUAUAUAUUAUGAUUUUAUAUAUAUAUUAUGAUUUUAUUUGAAAAUGCUCUAUGUUUGUAUUUUGACUAAGAUAAUCUGCAAUCAAUGUUUGUGAAAUUGACUAUUUUUCAAUUGUUUAAUCAUAAAACUAAAUAUUUAUUCAUAUCAAAUGAAUGUAAGACAUGCAUGUAAAUGUAUUUAAUUAAGCACUAACAAAUUUGUUUCAACUUGUUCGGUAUUUUAUCAUAAAAAUGUCAGCAUACUGCUGAUUUCAAAUAAUAUAUUACAUAAAAUAAUUAAAAUAAAUAUAUUUAAUUGUUGUAGCUA